AAACACGCCCGAAGAAAUGCGAAGACGCAAAUUCAGAAACCCGAGGAAGACGAGCUAAAUAACGGUUUCAGCCGAAGGGAUUUGAAGGUUACCGUCCCUCAGCAGCAUCAUGGUGGACAUUUCUGUGAAGAGCGGAGCUGCUUGGGUCUGUCAGGCUCCGGGACGUCACCUGGCUGACGUUCUGCUCCCUGUUAACAUCAGUAACAAAGACGAUGAUGAAGAGGAACUCAGUCAGCCAGAGGGAGACGAGACACAUCGAGGAGACCCAGUGCUGUUGGAGCAGACGGAGGAAGGGUCUCCCUGUGUCCUGAUGCUCCACUGCAGACCCGGCUCCCCCGCAGCCAUCCGCCGCCUGCUGCUCGUCAGCGAAGCUCGAACCAUGGAAGUGUACAACCAGACCGGAGAAUACUGUGGAACGGUACGGGGCGAGAAGGACAACAGCGUCCAGCCAGACGGCGCAGACAGAGGGCCUUUCUACAGGAAACAGCUGAUCCUCGAGGAUCCAUCCUCAGCCUGUGAAGUGAAGCUGCUCUCCCUGGCCGGUAGAAGCAGUGUUUCUGUGUGUCGGAUUCUCGUGGGCCUUCAGCCGCUGCAGCCCUGCGCGGCCCGCUGCCCCGGCAUCGACAUGCGGCAGGUGCAGAGUCUGGUCGACGAGAUGGGGACGAGCCUCUCGCCCGGAGCCCAGAACCUCAUGGAGAUGGUGCACUUCCAGCAGAAGAACCAGACGGGCUCUCUGGACGGCCUCCUACCUCUCCUGAUGGGCGGUGGAGCUUUUUCCGCCCUGGCUCGAGGAGCCAACAUCUCCCCAGCAGCUCUCAGGAACGAGCCUGCAGACUCCAGGCAGCCUCCAGUUUCACCGGCUCAAAACGGAGGGACGUCCAACGGCUCUACCUCGUCUUCCUCCCCCUCAGACAUGUCCAUGUCCAGUGUCAACGCCAGGAACUCAACGGGCGGUGAGAGCGGAGGCCCGGUGAGCCACGCCCAGCUGGCGGAGAUGAUGUCACACUUCCUUAACGGGCAGGAACACGGCCAGGCGUUGAGCACACACGGCCCCGAGCUUCUGCCCAUGCUCCAGAGCGUUUGCGGUCAGGUGACUCAGCUGAGACUGGAUGACGCCGCAGCGGCGGCAGAGAAGGAGAAAACGCUGAGAAAUGGCUCGUGGGAGUUGGACGCAGCCAUGGAACGCCGUCUGGAGGAGAUGGAGAAGAGGUUGAAGGAGCAUGUGGACCGUCGCCUGGACGCUCUGGAGCAGAAGUUGGAGAAGGCCCUGCUGAGCGCCCUGCCACUGGUCGCCCUCAACCAGGGAGCCGUGAGCAGCUCAGUGGGAGGAUCUGCACCCACCGGGCUGGCGGAGCAGGCCGCGCCGACGCCGGCUACGCACUGAGUUCAGCAGAAGCUCUAAACCAUUAAUGUAACAUGUAACCUGAAGGCUUUACUGCUCCUGAUCCUCCUCAAACUAGACCUCAGUGUCGGGGUGGAUGCUGAACAGGGCGCAGACACUAACAGAAACACACGGAAAGGAAAAAAAAAAGCAGAACUGAGAGAUGUGGACAUCUGCUAAAACAUUAAAUAGUUUUAAAUUUAUAAGUGUCUCAAACCAUCACCAACGCUUGAGUUCUCCCAUCUGUCAAAGAUUCAGCCUCUGUUAACGGUUUCUGUUUUUUUAUCUCGGGGAAAACAGCGAGCGAAUGUGGCAUUUGUUGUGACAGCUGAAGCGAACGUCACAUGGAUGUAGGGCCUCUGUAUCGUCAACUCGAGAACACGCUGUUAUAGUUUCACCGAAAGAAACUAUGAGAGAAAUCCAAGACCACAAAUCAGAUUUUUUUAUUUCUCUUAUAUAAAAAGACAACAUGUCCUGUGGCUGAACUGCAUUCUGAGAAAAAGAUGGGCCACAUGAAAAGUACCCAGAAACAGGAAAAAGGCCAUUUAAAACCGCACUGUUUUGAAAAACAGGUUUAACAUGAGCACUCAAUUACAGCCGAGGCACUGAGAAACAUAAAAAAAGAGCUUUAAAUGAUUAGUGUGAUGUGAUCUUAUCCUGUUUAUUGGCAGGUUUUAACUUAAUAAUAAUAAUUAAAUGCAACACCAGAAGAAUUACAUAGAAACUGUAAAACACUCCCGGGUCUCCACAUCCAGAUGAUCCUGCAGUUGUAUCUUGACUUAACAGUUAGUUUUAUUCACACUAAGUUCUGUAACUGCACUGAUCUGGUGUUUCGGUCAAUCAGGCCUUAACUGUGUGGCUCAAAAUGUCAGAAUGAACACACACACUUGUGUUCCAGGAGUGUGAAAUACAAGGAGAAACUGCUGUGUUUUAAUAUGGCACUGUAAUGUUUAAAUAAUGUACAUGUCUGUAACAUAAAGCUUAUCUGCCAAUGUAAACUGUUAAAAUGACUUGUUUUGGCCUGUGAUGUUGAUGGUUUUAAUAACUGUAAUGACAGAAAUAGCAAAUUAAAAUAUAUUUAUACAGA